AUGGACCCUGAAGAAAAGAAAAUCCCAGUUCACCAAAACGAUUACACCAUUGCUGGUACCACCAUGUUUCCAUCUGCGUUGCUUCCGGAUUCCGGUGAACACCGGAAAGACAUCGGAAAGGGUACAAACACCAAUCUUCCUUUCACUAAAGAAGCACAGCUGGCGUCAUACAGUUUCAGCUCUGUUAUAGACCAGCAAUACCCCAACACAGUUUGGAGAGAUUCAAGUUACGAUUUCUCGAAAGACGUUGAUGAUUUGGUUUUCUUACCAUCUGCUAUGACGUCGCCGCAAGAAUCUGGUGUCUUAUCGAGGAUAGCCGAGAGUCCAAAUAACUACGGCAUACUUACGCCAAAGGAAGUUAGAGUCUCGUUUCAUGAAGAGGUGAUUGAGCCACAACCAGCGCGGCAGCGAUCCAAUGGUAGUGGUCGUAGUAGUGCAGGUGGCGGUGGUGCUGGUGGAGAGGAAGUGGUGCUUUGCUCCGGGAACGCUUCAUUCAAGAGAAAAUCGAACUUGAUGCGGACUAGAACGAAUUCUAGGUUAAUCGAUCCACCGGAGAUAGAUCAGAGGUCCACAACACCAUCAAAGUUAGGGAAAGUUGGUAGUGAAAUCGAUGAAGAGGAUCCAUUUUUGGACGAUGAUCUGCCAGAUGGGUAUAGGCAAUUGAGGUAUAGCAAAUGGACUUUACUCCAAUUGUUUAGUUUAAUCCUGAUUCUUGGUGUUUUAGUUUGUACACUCACCAUUCCUUAUUUAAAGCAUCAGAAACUCUAUGAUCUCGUAUUAUGGAAAUGGGAGGUUAUGAUAUCGGUUUUGAUAUGUGGAAGAUUAGUUUCUGGGUGGGUGAUUAGGAUUCUUGUAAUCUUGAUAGAACGAAAUUUCUUACUGCGGAAAAGGGUUUUGUAUUUUGUAUACGGUUUGCGAAAAGCUGUUCAAAAUUGCAUUUGGUUAGGGUUAGUUUUGAUUGCUUGGGAAUCUAUAUUCGAUCAAAAAGUCGAACACAUGAUGAAAGGAAACGUUUUGCCUUACGUUACAAAGAUUUGGGUAUGUCUCUUGGUGGGUACGAUUGUUUGGCUGUUGAAAACGUUGCUAGUCAAAGUUCUUGCGUCGUCUUUCCAUGUGAGCACGUUUUUUGACCGAAUUCAAGAAUCUCUAUUUAAUCAGUAUGUAAUCGAAACCCUUUCGGGUCCACCAUUGAUUGAAAUUCAACACGAAAGGGAAGAGGAAGAUCGGAUAAUAGCAGAGGUUCAAAAGCUUCAGAAUGCGGGUGCUACUUUGCCACCCGAUCUUAAGGCGAAUAUAUUCAAGAAAAGUGGAAGGUCGAUUGGAGCUUCAAGAACAAGUACUCCGGUGACUGGCAGAAGUGGCCUAUUUUCUGGAGCCAAUACGCCUAAGAAGGUUGAUGAGGGGAUCACGAUUGAUCACUUGCAUAGGCUAAAUCAGAAGAAUAUAUCGGCUUGGAAUAUGAAAAGAUUGAUGAAUAUUGUUAGAACAGGAGUUUUGUCUACUUUAGAUGAGCAUCUGCGGUCGACAUGUGAUGAGGAUGAGUCUAUGGUGCAGAUCACGAAUGAAAAGCAAGCUAAGGUUGCAGCCAAGAAAAUCUUUUGUAAUGUCGCUAACAGAGGUUCCAAACGCAUUUAUCUGGCGGAUUUAAUGCGUUUUCUAAGAGGCGAUGAAGCCUUGAAGGCAAUCCGACUCUUUGAUUGCGAAAAUGAAACCAAGGGAAUCAGUAAGGCCAUUCUAAAGAAUUGGGUGGUUAAUGUAUUUAGAGAACGAAGAGCUCUCGCGUUAUCUCUGAAUGACACAAAGACAGCUGUGAAUAAACUCCAUCAAAUGUUGAAUAUGGCUGUUGGGCUCAUAAUAAUUGUGAUCUGGCUUCUUAUACUUAAAGUUGCAACUACACAUUUUCUUAUAUUCCUAAGUUCACAACUCCUUUUGGUUGUGUUUGUGUUUGGUAACACAUGCAAGACGACAUUCGAAGCUAUUAUUUUCUUGUUUGUAAUGCAUCCGUUUGAUGUUGGUGAUCGUUGUGAAAUCGAUGGCGUUCAGAUGGUAGUCGAGGAAAUGAAUAUAUUGACAACGGUUUUCUUGAGAUACGAUAACCUCAAAAUCAUAUAUCCGAACAGUGUCUUGGCCACAAAAUUUAUUGCCAAUUACUACCGAAGUCCCGAUAUGGGAGAUGCUGUGGAAUUUUGUGUACAUGUAUCAACCCCUGUUGAAAAGAUUUCUCUAAUGAAAGAGAGAAUAACAAGCUAUAUUGAGAAGAAAAGUGACCAUUGGUACCCUGCACCUAUGAUUGUGUUGAGAGAUGUAGAGGACAUGAAUCGGUUGAAGAUAUCAAUAUGGCUUUCACAUCGUAUAAACUUCCAAGACAUGGGUGAAAGAUGGCAACGAAGAGCUCUUUUAGUUGAGGAAAUGAUUAAAGUCUUCCGAGACCUUGAUAUCGAAUACCGCAUGCUGCCUGUUGACGUUAAUGUUCGUAACAUGCCGAACGUGACCUCAAAUCGGCUUCCAUCUACAUGGACUAAUUCUACAAACUGA